ACUCUUGUGCAGAAUUUUCUCCUGUUUAAUCUAAUCUUCUUCUUCUGCGCUUUGGUUCUAAGUUUUUUAUCUUUUUGUUCGCAGGAUUUGGACAGUGCUAUCUUUUUACUCUCACAGACAAUUGUUUUCCCAAUCUUUGUUACCUUUGUGCAGAUUCUUUGUGACUACUCUAAUUUUCCUUUUUUGGUUGGUCUUUGAUUCAGGUUUCUGUCUGAAUUUGCAACCUCUCCACUCAGCAGAGUUUACCCUAACAAACUCUUUAAUUUUUUUGGUUUUACCUCUGAUCCUCUCAUUGCCUACCUCUCUUUGAUGGGCCUGGGCCUGGCUCGCUUUGUCUUAUAUAAAUCUACUCUCCUUUUCCAAUGACUAAGGGUAGCUCUCAGGUCCGUCGUCUCUAUAGAUCUCCCGUUAUUGUCUGUGUGGUACGCAAAUCUGCAAUGACACCUUCAUCCGCCGUUCACUUUCUUCUCUUUUCAUCUCUAAUUUUCUUCUCCGUUUCUUCUUCAGCUUCCCAACAAUCUUCACGCCCGAAAGCUCUCCUCCUCCCAGUCUUCAAAGACGCUUCCACUCUUCAAUAUUUCACCACCACCCACCAAAGAACCCCACUUCAGCCCAUUAUCCUCGUGCUAGAUCUCGGUGGCCCAUUCUUAUGGUUGCGCUGUGACCAAAAUUACGUUUCUUCCACCUACCAACUAGUCAGCUGUGGCUCAAUCCGAUGCUGGCGGUCUAAAGGCAACGACUGCAAAACCUGCUUCUCCGCGCGUUGGCCGGGAAGCAACAACAGCACUGUGACCCACUCAGCCACCGGAGGUGAAGUUGCUCGAGAUGUUGUGGUGGUGCAAUCUACAAACGGAUUCAAUCCGGGAAGGAGUGUUUCGGUGCCCAACUUCGUGUUUUCCUGCAUGCCAACUUCUGUUCUGGAGGGCCUGGCGAGCGGAGUUGUUGGGAUGGCCGGCCUCGGAAGCGGAAGAAUCGCACUUCCUUCACAAUUCUCUUCAACUUUCACUUUCGGGAGAAAGUUCGCAAUCUGUCUUUCUUCUUCAAACGGCGUCGUCUUCUUUGGAGAAAGUCCAUACGUUUUCCUCCCCAAUGUCGACGCUUCUCGGCUCCUCAGCUUCACUCCGCUCGUCGUCAACCCAGUCAGCAUGGCCUCCGAUUCCACCCAAGGCGAGCCUUCCGCCGAAUAUUUCAUUGGCGUGGAAUCGAUCAACAUCGACGACAAAGUAGUCCACUUGAACAAAACAUUACUUUCUAUAGAUAGCCAAGGCGCUGGCGGAACAAAAAUAAGCACGCUGUAUCCCAACACCGUGUUGGAGGACUCAAUCUACAAGGCCGUGACUGAGGCUUUUAUCAGCGCGUCCGCCACCAGAAACAUCACCAGGGUAGCGUCUGUGGAGCCAUUUGAUCUGUGCUUCGAUUCGAGGAAAAUUCUUGGCACGCGCGUGGGACCAAAUGUGCCGACCAUUAAUCUGGUUCUAGAGAGGAAUGUGACGUGGAGCAUUUUUGGAGCGAAUUCUAUGGUGGAGGUGAAGCAGGAGGUGUAUUGUCUUGGAUUUGUCAAUGGCGGAAAUAAUCCCCGAACUUCCAUCGUCAUCGGAGGGCAUCAAUUGGAGAAUAUUCUUGUUCAAUUUGAUUUGGCAACAUCGCAGUUGGGGUUCAGCUCUUCGCUUCUCAGUCGGCAAACUACUUGUGCCAGCUUCAACACCACCUUCGGUAACUGAUUUAAUCGUCGCCGACGAGAUUGUAAUAUAUUUUUAAAAGUACAUAUUACAUUCUCAGCA